GAGCGGGGCGUUUGGUCCCCGGCCCCGGCGCCUGCUCAGGCCUCCGGGCUGGCGGCRCCGCCCGAGUUCGCGGGCUCAGCCGAGCUGUAACGCGAGAGCCCCUUUCCUAGCRCUUCCCGGCGGGAGGAAUCGGCCCGGUUGGCACUGCUGGGCCGCCCCGCCUCGGUGGGGAGCUCCCGCGGGUGUCUGGGCUCGCCCGGAAGGGGCGGCGGCCCCGGCGAUGGCGGACGAGGCGCUGUUCCUGCUGCUGCACAGCGAGAUGGUGGCGGGGCUGUACCGCGCCGCCGAGCAGGGCGAAGGGGAGAACGGGCGCUGCACCACCAAGCUGGAGAGCAUGGGCUUCCGCGUCGGGCAGGGGCUCAUCGAGAGGUUUACAAAAGACACAGCMAGGUUCAAGGAUGAAUUAGAUAUUAUGAAGUUCAUUUGCAAAGAUUUUUGGACAACUGUMUUCAAAAAACAAAUAGAUAACCUAAGGACUAAUCAUCAGGGUAUUUAUGUCCUUCAAGACAAUAAAUUUCGUCUCCUGACACAAAUGUCUGCAGGAAAGCAAUAUUUAGAACAUGCACCAAAGUAUUUAGCAUUCACCUGUGGACUAAUCAGAGGAGGCCUAUCGAAUUUGGGAAUAAAGAGUAUUGUAACAGCUGAAGUUUCAUCAAUGCCUGCAUGUAAAUUUCAGGUGAUGAUACAGAAGAUAUAAAGCACGUUCAAAUCUGGAUAUCUACUUUAAAAAACCUUUGUGUAUGGAUUCAGUAUCUUGGCUCAAUCUUGUAUAUAAUGUGUAAAUUAUAGCAGUGUGCAGCACAAUUCUAAAAUAUAUAAUAAAUAUUAAUUGAAAUAACACUA